CCCGCGCUCCGCCGCCCCCGCCCCUUCCCACGCCUCGGCCCGUCGCCCCCCGGCGCGCGCGCGCGCACACGCACACACACGCGAGCCCAGGCAGCAUGCAAAUGAGCCGGCUCCGGUACCCAGACUCAAGCUCCCCACUGCUCAAUGGACAACCCCAGCUCAGACCCGUUGCCUUCAACUUUGUCUGGGGAGGAAGACAAACCUCUGGCCUUACUUCCUCCUGUUCCCCGGGGCCGCCGAGGCCGGCCACCAGGGGGAGCCGCCACCUCCAAUCGGACUCUGAAGUCCUCCCUCCCUCGAAAGCGGGGCCGCCCCCCCAAAUCACUGCAGGAAGCCCCGUUGACAGCACCAGUGGACAGUGGUGGCAGCAACGAUCUUCUGUUGAUCGAUGAUCAGGGCGUUCCUUACACAGUCCCCGAAGGAUCAGCAGCAGAUGGGCCCCAGGGCUCUGGCCCCAAGAGGGCUCCACACUUCUGUCCUGUGUGCCUGAGAGCCUUCCCCUACCUCUCCGACCUGGAACGCCACAGCAUCUCACACUCAGAGUUAAAGCCACACGUGUGCAAAGAUUGCGGCAAGACCUUCAAACGGUCCAGCCACUUGCGGCGUCAUUGCAACAUCCAUGCUGGCCAUCGGCCCUUCCGUUGUGUGCUCUGCCCUCGCCGCUUCCGCGAGGCGGGGGAGCUGGCACAUCACCACCGCAUCCACUCUGGCGAGCGUCCCUAUCAAUGCCCCUCCUGCAGGGUGCGCUUCACCGAGGCCAAUACUCUCCGGCGCCAUUACAAACGCAAGCACCCAGAGCUUGUGGGGAUGCCCGUGCGCCUGUGCCCCCCGAACCCAAGACCCCAACCGCUGUGGGAUGAUGACGAGGGUGUCCCUGUUGCAGAAAGGGUGCAGGAGGAGAGUCCUGAAGGAAAGGAGCCUGCUUGGCCUCUGUCCUCCACCGCUUCUCCCCUGUCUGGGUUUACAGAGGGGAGUUCAGAUGGUGCUGGGCAGGGGCAAGGAGGUCAAGACACCCUUGUUUCUGGUGGUACUCCCGUUACGGAAGGGAAUCAAAAGCAGGGACCUAAACCUCUGGGUCCUGAUACCAUCGAGCGCCCUCCUUCGGACUGACAGGCUCUGGGAGGUAUGGGCUGUGGAAAUAAAUCCCUGCCUACUGA